UGCCGGAGUCUCCCGCCUGUCCGGCGCUGCUGCCGGAGUCUGAAGAGCCCCUCUGUCCCGAGCUGCCCCUCUGUCCCGAGCUGCCCCUCUGUCCCGUGUUAUUAAGUAGGGUUGUCGUGGCUAGGAGGUCACAGAAGCGGACAAGGUGGAUGAAGACUACGGUGAAGUGAGGGCCACGUCCAGCACCAGAGCCGCCACUGCGGACAGAUGCCCACCCAGACCCUCCCCGAUAGGUUCAGGUUUUGCGGCCGGAGUCCACACCUUGGGGGGGGGGGGUACUGUCACACCCUGACUACAGUUUACUUUGUAUGUUUCUAUGUUUUGGUUGGUCAGGGUGUGAUCUGAGUGGGCAUUCUAUGUUGGAUGUCUUGUUUGUCUAUUUCUAUGUCUGGCCUGAUAUGGUUCUCAAUCAGAUGCAGGUGUUAGUCACUGUCUCUGAUUUGGAACCAUAUUUAGGUAUCCUGUGUUUCACUGUGUGUUUGUGGGUGAUUGUUCCUGUCUCUGUGUUUUGCACCAGAUAGGACUGUUUUAGAUUUUCGCACGUUUGUUGUUUUGUUAGUUUAUUCGUGUACAGUUUCUUUAUUAAAGUAAAAUGAAUAACAACCAUGCUGCAUUUUGGUCCGCCUCUCCUUCUACGGACGGAAGCCGUGACACUCUGGAAGCAAUGUCAGCACAAUAACUAUUCGUCAGGAGUUUCAUGAAAUGGGUUUCCAUGGCCGAGCAGCCGCAUACAAGUCUAAGAUCACCAUGCACAAUGCCAAGCUUCGGCUGGAGUGGUGUAAAGCUUGCAGACUCUGGAGCAGCAGAAACACAUUCUCUGGAGUGAUGAAUCACACUUCACCAUCUGGCAGUCCGUCAGACUAAUUUUGGUUUGGCAGAUGCCAGGAGAACACUACCUGUCCCAAUGCAUAAACUGUAAAGUUUGGCGAAGGAGGAAUAAUGGUCUGGGGCUGUUUUUCAUGGUUUGGGCUAGGCCCCUUAGUUCCAGUGAAGGGAAAUCCUAGCGCUACAACAUACAAUGUCCUUCUAGACAAUUAUGUGCUUCCAACAUUGGGGAAACAGUUUGGGGAAGGCCCUUAUCUGUUUCAGUAUGAUAUUGUCCCCAUGCACAAAGUGAGGUCCACACAGAAAUGAUUUAUCGAGAUUGGUGUGGAAGAACUUGACUGGCCUGCACAGAGCCUUGACCUCAACCCUAUUGAACACCUAUGGGAUUAAUUGAAAUGCCGACUGCAAGCCGGACCUUAUAGCCCAAAUCAGUGCCCGACCUCACUAAUGCUCUUGUGUCUGAAUGGAAGCAAGUCCCCACAGCAAUGUUCCUACAUCUAGUGGAAAGCCUUCCCAGAAGAGUGGAGGCUGUUAUAGCAGCAAAGGGGGAACCAACUCCAUAUUAAUACCCAUGAUUUAGGAAUGAGGUGGAAGAGGAAGUGUAAACUCCAAACACAUUUUCACUAAAAGCAGCUGUUUAGCUCGAUAAACAAAGGUUGGCAAAAAUGAAUGUCCAAGUCAAGAAAGAUUAACAUCAGCCAGCAGCACGUGCAGCACUAGCCUAUUAGCGGGUCCUUUUUCAAAGCAAUAGGUCAGAUAGACCAGUGAGUGUUGUUUGGCUUAAUGUUCGGAGUUGAGAAAUAAAGUUGACAUCGUUAAAAAGAAGAUAUGCUCAUCUUUCCUACUGUCGGUGUGUCAUUCAAAAUUAGUUUAUUAUGUUUUUUUGCCAGCGAUAUUCAUAACAUUCAAAUUAAAGCAAAAAUAAGAAAUCUACUAAAAGAAAGAAGAAAAUAACGGCUGAAUAACCCUGCCAUGCGCCCAUGACUUAUUUUAUCUAUACUUGGCUGUGUGCCAUGAGUUGUCAACAACUAAGAUGACGCGCUAUGAUAAGAGAUAACCAACGGGUCUCUUUUGGAGGUGGUUUUUGUGCAGCAGCGUUGUGCUUGGGCAGAUCAGACAAUACAUAAAAAGAGCCCCGAAACAGUGAACUCUAUUGAGUUGGUUGGCAGCAAGUCAAGAAGUUGAAGCAACAAUGAGUCUCUCCGCUAAGGACAAGGCAAUUGUCAAGGCCUUUUUUGGCAAGGUUGCCGGCAGAGCAGAGGAUGUUGGCAACGAGGCACUUUCCAGGACGCUGGUGGUGUACCCCCAGACCAAGACAUAUUUCUCCCAUUGGAAGGACCUGAGCCCCGGCUCUGCCCCGGUUAGGAAGCACGGUGGGACAGUCAUGGGAGGCGUCCUGGGUGCCAUUGAGAAGAUUGACGACCUUAAUGCUGGUCUUCUUACCCUCAGCGAGUUGCACGCCUUCAUGUUGAGAGUGGAUCCUGCCAACUUCAAGAUCUUCAACCACAACAUGCUGGUGACGCUGGCCAUGAUGUUCCCUGAUGACUUCACCCCUGAGGUGCACGUGGCCACUGACAAGUUUCUGGCUCAGUUGGCCCUGGCUCUGUCUGAGAAGUACCGUUAGGCAAUGAGCCAGAAUUCCACUUGACAAUCUUUGUAGAGUGCCAAUUUAAAUGAAAAGAUGCAAUAAAUGAAUCCUACCGAUCGAAUCUGAAACGUUGUUGUCCUUGGUGAUUAAUCGUAGGCUAUAGGUUUUUUAAUGUUUAGCUACUUAUUUAUUUAAUUGAUAGACCUAGAUUAUUGAUUGUGAAAUGAUUACACAAAUAUAUCCACUAUCCACAAAGUUGAAACUUCCACUACUCCACUGUGGGUCCACAAUGCCAUUAAUAGUAAUAACAAUUAUUGUAGUGAUAGGUAACCACCACCUUCAUUAUCAUUAUUAUGAUCAUUAUUAUCAUUAUUAGGCUACCAUUAUUACAUCACAAUCAUUAUGACUGUACGUUUGUUUAUGUGUAACUCUGUGUUGUUGUUUUUGUCGGACUGCUUUGCUUUU